CACCAGGCACUUCUACGAGACAGCACUCGCUCGUCGUCUCGCCGCCACCGUUCCAAAUCCGGCCACACCUCCACGUCUGGCAAGUAUGGACCGUGCGGAGCGAGGUGUGCCUCCACGCCGUCUGCACGACUCGGCAUGGAUCAUCGGCGGCACCACCGGCACUGUCGCUCGUCCGACGACGGCGCCGGAGCAGUACCGCCUGCCCGCCUUCUCGGUGCGAGCGCGCGCCGCCGAGGCAGCAGCAGCCGGUGCAGCGCCGCGCCCGGCGUCGCCUGGCCAUCCACUGCGCCCGCGACGCAACCAGCCUCGCAUCCCGACGCCAAAGGAGGAGGAGAUGCUGGCGCGCACGCUGGCGCCGGGCGGCAUGCUCGUCGGCUCGCUGCCGUCGACGCCGAUACUCCCGGCCACCCACAAGAUCGCACGCGUCCCCGUCCCGUCGCUUGGUCCGGCCGCUCAGCGCGACCCCGCUCAAGAUGGGCAGCAAGUCGGCCUCGCGCCGGUGCUCCCGCCGCCGCUCCGUCACAGCUCGUCGCUCAGCGCCCGGGAAUCACGCGGAGCACCACUGGUCUUCCACCCACAGCCAGCGAUGCUCAACGUCCAUCGAUGGCGCGGCGCACCAGCGCCGGAGGCAUGCCGAAAGCAUCGUUCCAGGACGACGCACCGCGCCCGUCAAUGACUCAGCACGCCAGCACAAGCAGCGCUCCGGCCGCCACCGCUCGGACCGAUGCUCAGCGCCCCGCGAUGACACAGCAUGCCAGCACGAGCAGCGCACCGGCCGCAACUGGCCGUGAGGACGCACCGCGUCCGUCGAUGAGCCACAAGAUCAGCUCGGGCAGCGCUCCGGCCGUCAUCACACCUGCAGACGUCGAGCGGCCGCGCAAGCGCAGCAUUGCUUCGCGCCGAGCCAGCACGGCGCAGAACAACCAACGCAAGGGCGAGAGCCAGCCUCGCCCGAGCACGGCCUCGUCCAGCCGCAGCUUUGCGAGCUUCACGAGCGCGGCCGGCUCAGACUCGCUCUCGGCCCUCGGCACGCGCCGGCCCAGCGACAGCCGUCGCAUCAUCGAUUUCGAGCAGUUCGCGGACCGUUCCGCUCCUCCGGGCACGCCGACGUCGCCGUGGAUGACGCUCAACCGCAAUCCUAUGGCGACCAGCUUCGAGGCUGCCUCGGGCUCGCCCGCGUCACUGCGCUCCAACCACCUGCUGCUGCUGGCCGAGCGCGAGCCACUGUCGCCUCGGAGCGGCGGCCUGACGCCGGCGCCGCGCCAGCGUCGGCCCGGCAGCAGUGCCGCAAUGCGCGAAAAGGCCGCUGGCACGCCGCCUCGGACGCCCAUCCGCUCGCCGCCGACGUGGGUCACUCAAGAGCUCGGCUCCGCCGCCAGUCCCUUCUCCAGCCCAUCCAAGAGUCCGAUGCCGGACGCGGCCGAGCCCGUCGUCGUCUCGACGGCCCGCCGCGUCGCCGUCACCUCCAACACGCCGCGUCUCAUCACCGCUGGCCUGCCGGGCCUGCGCCGCGGCUCGACGCCGCAGUCGUCCAUGUCGGAUGUCAGCGUCAAGGCCUUCGGCACGGACUCGGAGUACUCGCUGGGCAUGGGCAAGUCGACGCGCUCCGACUCGGUCACGUCCAUGGCAUCGCUGCCGACGACGUCGUCGUCGCACCCGCAUCCGACGGUCAAGGCGGAGUCGACCGCUAUGGAAUCGAUUCAAGAUACGGAGCCCGAGGAGACCAUCCUCGCGAGUCCGCCUCGGAGCCUCGAGCACCACAGCCCUGCUGGCGAGGCGCCUGCGGUUUGCCUCACCGGUCUCGAACUCGGUCCGAUCGCCGACCCGACCGAGGAGCUGGCCGACCUGUACUGGCGUGAGAGCUGGAGCCUCGAGGGCAGCCCAGAGGGCGUCUUCACGCAGCUCGCUGCAUACGACGGCGCCAUGGCCAGAGGCGCUGCGGCCUCGGCUCUGCUGUCGCCCACUCCGUUCCGCGAGCCGGAGCCAGUCUCGCCGCUCACAUCCACUAGCCAGAUGCUGAAGAGCGGCUGGAGCACCGAGACGUCGGCCGACAGCGUGACUAGCGACGACGGCAGCGACGCUGCCGCAGACUCGACCGUGCUGGCGGUUCCCAAGCCGCCGUCCAAGGAGCUCGACCUCUCGCCCUUCUCGCUCUUCUCGACGACCACGGCUGCCUCGACCGCUGCUACCAGCCCGCCGACGUCGUCUGCGACAGACAGCACGCCGAUCAGCACCGUGCCCAACUUCGCGCGGCCGUGGGACGCUCUGCACAUCGAGAAGAAGAGCGCGAGCCUCCGCUCGCAGGCCAGCGACACUGCGCUGAGCGAGCGAACGGACCGCACAACCGGCCUGACGGUCCCCGGCACGCCUUCUGCCGCUCAGACGCUCGCCAUGGAGACCAGGUCGAACCUGCUCCGACUCAGUCGCCAGUCGACCGCAGGAGACAUCGGCCACGACAUCUUGGCCGCUGACGAGGGUGAUGUCCAGAUCGAGCAGCUCGCGAACGAGGUGCAGGCGCUCUCAUCGACACUCAUCCCGUUCAGGCUGUCCGCGCGCAGCGGCUUCACUCUCGAACGGGAUAGCGAGCCGCGCAUCGCGCCCGUGGUGUCGCACCCAUCCAAGUAUCGACGCCCGGGCUCGGCAAAGGAGCCCAUUACCAGCGAACCCGUCACCACCUCGUACUUGCCGACGACGGGCCCGAGGUCUUCGCUGCAGAGCAACGCGAGCAGCAGCUGCUCUUCGCUGCCCACGACGCAGUACCACGAUGCGCGCCAGACAUUUACCUCGAGCGACACCAGCAUGGACGUGGCAGUGCCUGCGAAGCACUCGCCUCCGCUGCCCUCUCCGUCGACGCCACCGAGCGCUCUGCUGCAGUCCACAGACUACUCCUACACGCGUUCGCUCCACUCGCAGCCGAUGUCUCCGAUCAGCGCGCACACUUUUGGACUCCACGAGGACGCGGGCGACCACGCCGACGAUGCUGCGACGUCGAGCAUGUCGAAGCGUCACGGCGGAGGACUGCGCAAGGUGCUGGCGCGCAUCGCUCCGACUCGAUCGCGCAUGCCCAGUCUGCCGGACAUCCUAGUGCCGGGCGAGGGCCGCUCGGCGCCCGCAGCCAGCCUGCGCAAGAUCAUCCGGGUCUCGCGCAAGUCUCCGGAGCGCCCUCGCUUCCCCGACAGCCCACACGAGGGGUCGACGUCGGCCAGAGACGAGCAGCUGCGCCGUCCCAGCCUGCCCUCGAUCCGUCCGGGCACGGCGCCGGCACUGGACACUUUCGUGCCGCUCACGCCCGAGACGUUCGCGCCGUCGCAGCCUCCGCUGCGCGAGAGCCGCAGCGUGCUCUCCAUCCGGCGCUGGCAGCGCUCCCUGGCGACGCACACGGGCGACGUCACGGCCGCGCAGGAGUACGCCGAGCUGGCGCAGCAGCACCACCACCAGCAAGAGAGUUCUCGACGGCCUUCAGCUUCGCUGCGCCCGCAGUGGGGCGACGCGGGCGGCUCCUCGUCCAAUCCGUCGCCCGCAAGCUCGCCGUCCGUCACCGUCGUCGAGCACGACGAGGUCGUGCACAUCGUGCGCCGCGGCCGCUGCCAUGCCACCGGCUACUGGUGACCCGCCACUCUCUCGUCAUCUCGUGAUGCCCUGCCUCCUCGCACGGCCUCGCUGUCCCCCUCACGCCCGCCUUGACGCAAGGCCUCACGCUCAUUACGACACACCAUCACUAAUACCUGGCUCUCCAUCGUCUCCUCGCCGUCUCCUCCUUGUUGUUGUAAUCGUCGUCUCACUCGCCUUCUUCCUUCCUGUACAACCUCGCGAUUCCUAAUGCGGCUUUCUAGCUCACAUCUGAAUCGAUCGCCUCUCAUCC